UGCUCGCUUGCAUGGGGUUCGAAACUAAUGACAGGUUGGUACGUGACAUUGUUUCCGCCCAACUCAGUCCUGCGAUGGGUUUCGUCGAAUAAGAUAAUCAUAACAAGCCCAGUCGGACUUUCCGGUACAUACGGGACAUCCGUUCACUGUCGAUUCACCGCCAGCCAUACCACGGUUUCUUGACGACCGGUCCUCUUAGUCACUAUGGAAAUUCCAGGAAACUCUACGCAACGUUGGCAGGGACCUCGGAUUGUGGACUGGCGGGCUUGGGCCCAUCCUCGCAUUAUAAAAUGAGCUCCUAUCCGGUUCAACAAGAGGUAUCCAACAGGAACAGGAAUCCUCACUUACAAUCAAAAAAUCCUCUCAGGCAGCAUUGGCUUUCGUCAUGGGGAAGUUCGGACUUGCUCUCGGGGCUCUGGCCCUGCAAACAGCGAUGGGAGCGCCUACCGGCCCCGGUAAGAACUCCAGUUACGUCGACUGGAGACAUUUCAAAGCCCAAGGCGUCAAUAUGGGCGGCUGGCUAGUGCAAGAACAAACCAUCAACAGCGCUUGGUGGGGGGAAUAUGCUGGAGGAGCGUCGGAUGAAUGGGGCUUCUGCGAGAACCUGGGCGCACAAUGCGGACCAGUCUUUGAAGAACAUUACGCCACUUGGCUCACCACGGCCGAUGUCGACAAGCUCGCCCAUGUCGGAAUCACCGCCCUGCGCAUCCCGACUACCUACGCUGCCUGGAUUCACUACCCAGGGUCCCAGCUCUAUUCCGGCAAUCAGACCCAGUACCUGUCGAAGAUUGCCAAUUAUGCUAUUGAACAAUAUGGCAUGCAUAUCAUCCUCGAUAUCCAUGGACUGCCGGGAGGCACCAAUGGCUUGACUAUUGGGGAGGCGACUGGACACUGGGGUUGGUGGUACAACCAGACCAAUUUCGACUACUCUCUGCAAGCAGUCGACGCCGCAAUCGACUUUAUCCAGAAUUCGGGCCACCCUGAGUCUUACAGUUUCGAACCCGCCAACGAAGUCAUCGACAACCGGAAUUUCUCGGUCUUUGGGACUCCAGCCGCGCUCUCGGACAAGGGAGCGGCCUGGCUUCUGAAAUAUUACCAGGCCGUGGUCGAGCACGUCGCGGCAGUCAACCCCAACAUCCCGGUCAUGCUGCAGGACAGCUUCAAGGGGGAGCGCUUCUGGUCCGGCAACUUCUCUGCCGAUGCCAACAUUGUUUUCGACAGUCACAACUAUUGGUUUGACGACACGGACGCCACCUCCGCUACCUUGGCGGAAGACCUUUGCACCCGCGCCAAGUCCAUCGCGGGUGACGGCAAGUUCCCUGUCUUUGCCGGCGAGUGGGCCAUCCAGGCGGGCUCCAACAACACCUUUGCCCUGCGCGAGCGCAACUUGAAUACCGGUCUCCAUGCCUUUUACCAGCACACCCAAGGCUCCGCUUACUGGACGGCCAAGUUCUAUGGGAACGGAACGGUGAGUGGACAGGGGAAUCAGACGGAUUAUUGGAAUUUCGAGGGGUUCAUUGAUCUGGGCUAUGUGCACCUGGAUGAUACGAGCUACCAGUGCUAG